AUGACCGUAGUAGCAGGAGACAACAUGGACGAGACCUCGGCUGUCCCUGGCCACCCUCAGGACACCUACCCCCCAGACCACAACGACCAUGAAUGCUGCGAGAGGGUGGUCAUCAACAUAGCCGGUCUCCGGUUUGAGACCCAGUUAAAAACUCUCUCCCAGUUUCCAGAGACAUUGCUUGGCAACCCCAAAAAGCGGAUGCGGUACUUUGACCCCCUGAGAAACGAGUACUUCUUCGACAGAAACCGCCCCAGCUUCGAUGCCAUCCUCUAUUACUAUCAAUCUGGGGGUCGGCUGAGAAGACCAGUGAACGUCCCUUUGGAUAUGUUCUCGGAAGAAAUUAAAUUUUAUGAGCUGGGUGUGGACGCGAUGGAGAAGUUCCGUGAGGAUGAGGGUUUCAUCAGGGAGGAGGAGCGCCCCUUACCUGAGAAGGAGUUCCAGCGUCAGAUUUGGCUCCUCUUUGAGCACCCAGAAAGCUCGGGCACCGCCAGAGGGAUUGCCAUAGUGUCUGUGAUGGUAAUCCUGAUUUCAAUAGUCAUAUUUUGUUUAGAGACCUUACCACAACUGAAAGAGGACCCAGCAGGUCGAAUGGUGACAGUGGGGAACACUACUGUUUAUUACAAGCCAAAUAUCCUCACAGACCCCUUCUUCGUCAUUGAGACACUCUGUAUUAUUUGGUUCUCCUUUGAGUUGAUAGUGCGCUUUCUGGCGUGCCCGAGCAAACCGGCCUUCUUCAAGAACAUGAUGAACAUGAUUGACAUAGUGGCUAUCAUCCCCUACUUCAUUACCCUCGGCACAGAGCUGGCUGAAGACCCAGAAAAAGAGGGAGUGGGGGAGCAGGCAACAUCUCUGGCCAUUCUCAGGGUGAUCCGUCUGGUCAGGGUGUUUAGGAUCUUCAAGCUGUCUCGACACUCCAAAGGACUGCAGAUUUUGGGGCAGACCCUCAAGGCCAGCAUGAGAGAGCUCGGAUUGCUGAUCUUUUUUCUGUUCAUUGGAGUCAUCUUGUUCUCCAGCGCUGUCUACUUUGCUGAGGCAGAGGAGCAAGGAUCCUACUUUGGCAGCAUCCCAGACGCAUUUUGGUGGGCUGUUGUGUCUAUGACAACUGUGGGCUAUGGGGACAUGGUGCCGGUCACCAUCGGAGGCAAGAUUGUAGGAUCUCUGUGUGCCAUUGCUGGAGUGUUGACAAUUGCACUCCCAGUGCCUGUCAUUGUGUCCAACUUCAACUACUUCUACCACAGGGAGACCGAGGGAGAAGAGCAGGCCCAGCUACUCAACGUCAGCAACCCCAACAUCCCCUCUGAAACCAACUCCAGCCGCCGUAGUUCAUCAUCCGUCAGCAAGUCAGAGUACAUGGAGAUCGACGGAGACAUAAAUAAUAGCAUCGACAACUUUAGGGAGGCAAACCUCAGAACUGGCAAUUGCACUAUAGCCAACCAAAACUGUGUAAAUAAAAGCAAGCUGCUUACAGAUGUUUAG